AUGGCUUUCACAAUGCUGCAGAAUGGAGGUUUUGUGUCAGGCCUCAUCGGUAUGGCUUUAGUUUUUGCUGCCACUGUUAUGGAUAACUGGUGUGUCAAAGAUCGUCAGGGGGACAUGAUCACGUCUAUCUACACUUAUAAGGGACUGUGGCGAAACUGCGAAGUGUCCAAUGCUGGAUUCACAGAGUGCCGACCACUCUAUGGCCUUAUAGGCUAUUCAGGCCAUUUCCAAGCUGUACGGGCACUGAUGGUAGUUGCUAUCGUCUUGAGUGUGACUGCAGCUUUUAUCUCACUGUUUUCUCUAAAAUGUGUCAAAACGAGAAGCAUGGAGCAUACCACCAAGGCCAAAAUGACUCUAUGUGCAGGAGUUAUGUUUUUCAUUGCCGGCCUCUGUGGCAUUUCUGGCCCAUCAGUGUACGCUAAUGACAUAGUGGCUAGUUUCAUGAUGACAAAUUACAGUCCAAACCAAGGAAAGAUAGGAGGCAUGGGCCAGUACGGGGAAGAAAUGGGAAAAGGCGGAAUGGGAAUGGGUGGAAUGGACAUGCACGCUCCCAGGUACACAUUCGGCCCCGCCCUUUUCGUAGCUUGGGUAGGAGCAGCUUUGUUACUCCUGGGAGGAAUUUUGAAGUGCAUUGCAUUUAAAGGCAUGCAGGGCGACAAUGAAACAGAAAAGGGAUAUGUUUACAAAGCCCCAGCACACUGCAGUGCAGCUGAUGAAGAGGUCGAACUUGAAAGACCAAAAGGAUGUCAAAAGUAUUAA